AUGUGCAGCCUGUACUGGUCUGUACUGGUUUGUACUGGCCUGUCCCCUGUCCCCACAGGCCCCACGGCAACACCUGGACAGGACCAGGAUGGAGCCCUGAGAGAAGGCGCGGCCGCGGGGAUGGCGAAGCUGCUGGUGCCGCUGGUGGUGCUGGGGGCCGUGUCCGGGGCGGGGGUCCCGGUGUCGCCGCCGUCGCCGCGGUGCCCCCCGCGCUGCCUGUGCCCCGCGGCCGCGCCCAGCCCCACGCUGCUGUGCGCUCGCACCGGGCUGCUGGCCGUGCCGCCCAGCCUGGACCGCGGCGCCGUGGAGCUGCGCCUGGCCGACAACUUCAUCGGUGCCGUGGGCCGUGCCGACUUCGCCAACAUGAGCAGCCUGGUGCACCUGACGCUGUCGCGGAACGGGCUGCGCCGCCUGGCCCCCGGCGCCUUCGCCGACCUGCGCGCCCUGCGAGCGCUGCACCUGGACGGCAACCGGCUGCCGGCGCUGAGCGGGCCGCAGCUGCGCGGGCUGGCCAGCCUGCGCCACCUCAUCCUGGCCAACAACCAGCUGGCCGCCAUCGACGCCGCCGCCUUCGCCGCCUUCGCCGCCACCGUGGAGGACCUGGACCUGUCGCACAACAACCUCCCGGCGCUGCCCUGGGACGCCGUGGCCGCCAUGGGCAGCCUGGCCACGCUGACCCUGGACCACAACCUGCUGGAGCGGGUGCCGGCCGGUGCCGUGGCACGGCUGCCACGCCUGGCUCGGCUGGACCUGACGGCCAACCGGCUGCGGGCGCUGCCGCCGGUGCCAGGGCCGCCAGGGCCGGCGCUGGCGGCUGGGGGGAACCCCUUGCACUGCAACUGCGAAUUGCUGUGGCUGCGCCGCGUGGCUCAGCCGGGCCGCCUGGAGACCUGCGCCACGCCGGCGCCGCUGGCGGGGCGCCUGCUGGGCGCCGUGCCCGAGGAGGAGCUGACCUGCCGGGCCCCCGCCGUCACCGCCGCGGCCGCGCACCCGCCCGCGGUCACCGAGGGGCAGCCGCUGCGCCUGGGCUGCGCCGCCGUCGGGGACCCGCCGCCCGCGCUGCACUGGCUGGGCCCCGACGGGCGCGUGGUGCAGAAUGGCUCCCGGCGCUCGGUGGGCGCCGACGGCUCCCUGGAGCUCCGCGUGGCCACCCUGAGGGACCACGGCGGCUUCACCUGCGUGGCCGCCAAUGCCGCGGGCGAGGCGGCCGCGCGCGUCGACGUCGUGGUGGUGCCGCUGCCAGUGCCGCGGGGACGGGACGGGGACGGGGAGGCCGCGGCUGCUGAGCCAGGGCCGGGACCCUCGGAUAUGGCCCAAGCGGGCGUCAAUGACACCUGGGGGGGGCCCGGGGAGCGGCGGGUGGUGGCGGCGGAGGUGACGGGGUCCUCGGCGCGCAUCCGGUGGCUGCCGCAGCGCCACGUGCCCGGCGUGCGCAUGGUGCAGAUCCAGUACAACAGCUCGGCCGACGAUGCCCUCGUCUACAGGUUGUUGCCCCCCUCCAGCCGCACCUUCGUGCUGCGGGACCUGGCCCCGGGCCGCCAGUACGAGCUCUGCGUGUCCGUGCUGCGUGUGGUCGGGGACCCCCCGGCCGCCCCCCGCCCGCUCGGCUGCGUCUCCUUCGCCACGGCCGCCGCUCCGCCGGGCUGCGCCGCGCCGCCGCGGCCCCACUUCUUGGGGGGCACCGUCAUCAUCGUCAUCGGCGCCGCCAUCGCCGCCUCCGUGCUCGUCUUCAUCCUCAUCCUCACGGCGCGCUGGAAGGCGGCGGCGGGGGCGCGGCGCCCCCCACCCGCCCUCACCAGCGUCUGCUCGCAGACCAACGGCGGCCCCCGGCCCGCCGAGACCCCCGAGCUGCCGUCGCUGCCCCCGCUGCCCCCGGCGGCAGCCGGCGGGGCGCGGGGGCUGUUCCCCAGCCACAGCUACCCCCGGCGGGCGCGGCCGCGGCGCCACGGGUCCCUGCCGCGGCUGGACGCGCCCGAGGGGAGCCCCCUGGGACCCCCCCUGCGCCCCUCGUUCGGCAGCACCCACUGGAUGCUGGAGAGCACCGUGUGAGGGGGGGCACGGCGGGAGUUGCCCCCCCGGCCCCCUCUCGGACCCCUCCU